GAGGUGGUCUGGGCAAAAGGAUCACGAGACAUCUUAUUCCCAUAUGUCUAAACUCAGGGCCGCACAGGAGUCUGGGUAGUCGAAUUUGACUGUCCAGGCACUGCUGGUUUGGGCGUGGUCUCCUCCCAGAGGCAGCUGGUUUGCUCCCUGGACAUGGUGAGCCACCACCUCGGGCAUCAUAGGCGCUGUCUGGUUCCUGGAGACGCUGUCCUGUCGCCAUGGGAACCAAAUCUGAGAAGCUACGGGCCGGGGAGAGCUAUGGCCAUCACAGAGCGCAGAGGUGGUUUUGGAAGUGCAGAGGAAACAUUUUUACAGAUGCAUGCAGUAAUGUGAAUGGAGCGAUUAAAUUAAACCUUCUACUAAAUAAUUCUGUUCAGGAUUAUAUUUAUUGAAAGAUAUUUUUAGGUUUUCUUAAGUAUCAAACUAAUUCAGUGACAGAUAUCUGUCCAACCACUGGUACAUUGUUAACAGGAACAAUAGCUAAUUCCACAUCUACCUGCUAAUUCCAAAAACAUGUCCUCGGAUAAACUCCAGCAGCAUAUUGAUAUUUGAAUAUUUGUAUUUCACCAAAUUGGACUGAGACAAGGACACAGCACAGGUGCUGAUCUCCAUCACGGCAACAACAUUUAAAGAAUGGUAAAUGGUCUGUAUUUACAGUAUAUAGCGCUUUUCUAGUCUUGAAUACUACUCAAAGCGCUUUACAGAACAGAAUCACUUCCUAUUAGGCAGGGUACUGGUACUCUUAAUAUAAACAAAUAAUGGCUAGAAAAUCACUUUUUCUAUUGCUUUCAUACUUUUCUGUCUUUACAAAGAAAUUAAAAUUUACAAAUGUUCUCUAUACUGAAGAUGGUGCAUGUCAAGAUUAUUGUUGUCCUAUGUAGUCAUGAUCACCCCCAGUAAAGCCCUGUUAUAUCUUAGUCUUUUUCCUGCAGCUAAUGGUGUUGUGAGUCUCCGGGUGCGGAUGUGGAACGGCUGUGUGUCUCUGGUUCCUGACCGCCUGGUUUUACCCAUUUUGGAAUCUCACUAUGACAGGAUAACCAGAGAGCUCCAAAUCCCAACAUCAGCCCAGAGUCAAAAGUGCAGCUGGCUUUGUGCCUGCAGCUCCUCCUGCCCCCCCGAGCUGUUCUGCUUUGACUGCUCAACUUCACCUUGCUGCCCUUCAGUCGCCAACCAUCGGCCCUGCGUAGUUCCACCCAGAUAUAGGUCCAGCCUCGGAGAGAUGGAUGGAUCUGAGAGGGCAAUGCGGGAUAAGUGGCUGAACCUCAAAGAUACAGAAAUGGGAAAAGGUGACCCAGAGUCCUGUUCCUCUUCAUCUCUUACUGAUGGUGAGACCAGAGCAACGUUUCCUCCUGCGGUGAAAAUGAGGAGUAAACACCAACGUCCUCCCUGGAGGUACUGGAGGAGUAUAGGGCCCGAGCCUCAGCACAGACAGCCAGGGAGCGAGGUGCCCAGGAGGACCUCACAACCUGUGAAGUUCAGCUUCCCUGUCCCGCAGAUCAGCACCUCCUUGUCCAAUCACAGCUCUAUGUUUCAGUCACUUCCUGGUGCUAACGGGAGAAAAGCUAACAUCAUAGACAUUUUUGGCAUGAACCUUUAACCUCGACCACCUGUGGGACUGCAGCCUAAACAACGCUACUGUUUAGGAAAAACAUGUCAGAGUGCAGAUUAUGAAACUUGACAUGUGUCAAUAAAGUCUGUAAAAAAGAAAAACGCUGUUUG